CCACUGGUACGCUGUAAAGCAGAAGCUGAAACAUGGAGUUGUAUUUGGAAUAAACUUUGGAAACUUUGUUUGGUGUUUAUAGAGAUGUCACCGAGAACAUGUGUAACAUCUUCCGCGCAGGAUUUGUGCCGUGGAUCAUACUCUCCGUGACUCUCGCCUCAGGCUCCGAUGACAAGAUAAACAUCAGAGCUGAGUCUGGACAGAACAUCACUCUGCCAUGUCGAGCUCACAACAAUCAGAAGCCCAUCAUAGUUGUAGAAUGGAUCAGAUCUGAUUUGGGAGCAGGUUAUGCCUUGUUGUUCCAGGAUGAGCACUUUGUUCCAGAUCACCAGCAUCCAUCUUUUAAGAAUCGGGUGAAUCUUCAGGACAAGCAGAUGAAGGAUGGAGACGUGUCUUUGAUUCUGAACAACGUGACGCCUGCUGAUAGUGGAACAUAUGAAUGCCAUGUCGUCACGCGAGGAGCAAACCAGAGGGAGAGAGCAACAGAGCACACCUGUACCAUCGAGCUAAAGAUUCUUCCUCUUGUCCAGAUAAACACGACAGCUGGACAGACAGUCAUUCUGCCAUGUCAAGUUUCAAACCUCGACACCAAUCCCAGUGUGGUUAUAGAGUGGAGCAGAACCGAUCUGGGGACAGAACAUGUCUUCUUUUACCAGGACCAGAAGUUUAUUCCAGAUGACCAGCAUCCAUCUUUUAAGAACCGAGUGGAUCUGCAGGACAGACAGAUGAAGGAUGGAGACGUGUCUUUGAUUCUGAAGAAUGUGACAAUUAAUGACACUGGAACAUACAUGUGUUGCGUCUUCAUGAAGGGAGCAAAACACAGAAGGAGAGCAAAACUGGAUAGUGACCUCAUCAGUGUUGUCAACCUGAGUGUUGUUCCUCCAGGUCAACAAGGAGACACAGAGGAUGGAGUCAUUAGAUAUAAAGUCCUGGCAUUCUACUGAAGUAGGGAAGGCGGCAUUAGAUGAUGACUACCAUCUGCGUUGGAGAGCCGUCCCUGGCACUGCCCCCUGAAACCACUACACCAUCCCUUCCAUGCAGCUGAGCCACCGAUCACACUAUGACCAGAUCAGGAGCUCCCUUCUGGAUGAAAUCAGUUAAGGAGCUGGUCAGCUCUGCAAAGCCUGGCAUUAACCGGGGUAAUAACCAGUCAGCAUCAAAAACUGUCUCACCUGCUUUUUGGUCUUGGAAUGCAGGCAGGAUCCCAUAGCUGUUUUGUCCAUUUCAGGGUGCAUCUGCCCACCUUCCAAGUAUACCCCAGGUACUGUAAUGCUUUCGGUUUAACAGCACAUUUCUUUCCAUUGGCCAUGAGCCCUGCCUCCUUCAGGGACUCCAGGACUGCAGCCACCCACUUCCAAUGGUCCUCUCAGGUGUUGUCACUAUGGAUAAUGACGCUAUGGAUAAUGAAGUAGCAGAUGGGGCCCCCGACCAAGCUGAAGGGAAGUGUGAUUACUUUUUCCAACCUGUCGGAGUGGAGAAGGACAUUUUUUCUGUAGAUUGUGGAGGGAAGGGGUUCCGCCAGAAGCCUUUGGUAGAUAUGAGUUUUGUGAAAAUGGAGCUGUGACUAAUCAGUCCAGGACCUUGUCGACCCAGGGCAUGGGGGACACCAUGAGGAAAUUGGAGAUGAAGUAUGGACAGAACACCACCAGGUGACAGACCAGUGUGAUCAUGAGGUGAAGGGAAGUGGAGUCAAAAGGCCAAGAUGCAGAGAGAAUUGCACCUUUUCAGGUGAAUAUAUGGACAAAAUAAAAGAGUCCAUCCAGCACAGUUUAGUGAAUCUGGAUUUUUUAAAGGUGAAUAUACUUCCUGCAUUCUUUUAAAGGUCAAAUAUUUAGCAGGCUUCAGUAGUGAUGGUGAGAUGAAGCCUCGUGAUGAACUGAAGCUUUCCAUCCAACUGGUCGACUCAUGGUUCGAAGCAUUGUGAUGAAUCGUUUGCUCUACUGCGCCAUCAAGUGGACAAUUCAAGUGAAACAGGCUCUUUGACUAUAAUGAUGUGAUGUGUAAACCUCUAAACCAAAUAAAUAAAUUGUUUUCAUGGUUAUUUAUCCCGAACAUUGUCUCAGUAUGUCUGAUAGAAAAGAAAGUGGAAACUAUCAGGACAACGUUUUGGUAUGAUUGUGUAACUGUGUAAUCAUGCUUAUGUACAUCUGGAUAAUGACACAAACUGUGUGGUGCUUCACUUUUUAAUAAACUAAAAGACAGAAAUCA